GAAGAGAGAUCUAAAGUAGAUGACUUGAGAGGAACCCCCAUGUCUGUCGGGACCUUGGAAGAAAUCAUAGAUGACAAUCAUGCCAUUGUCUCAACUUCAGUCGGCAGUGAACACUAUGUCAGUAUUCUGUCCUUCGUUGAUAAGGAUCAGUUGGAACCUGGUUGCUCAGUUCUACUCAAUCAUAAGGUUCACGCAGUUGUUGGGGUAUUGUCAGACGAUACAGACCCGAUGGUCACUGUUAUGAAGCUGGAGAAGGCACCUCAAGAAACAUAUGCAGAUAUUGGAGGACUGGAUCAGCAGAUACAGGAGAUUAAGGAGUCUGUGGAACUGCCCCUGACUCAUCCGGGAUACUACGAAGAAAUGGGAAUCAAGCCGCCUAAGGGUGUGAUUUUGUACGGACCUCCUGGCACGGGCAAGACACUCCUGGCAAAGGCUGUUGCCAAUCAGACAUCAGCGACGUUACUCAGGGUGGUUGGCUCUGAACUGAUUCAAAAGUACCUGGGUGAUGGACCAAAAUUGGUGAGAGAGCUGUUUCGGGUGGCAGAAGAACAUGCUCCGUCCAUCGUAUUCAUUGAUGAGAUUGACGCUGUGGGGACUAAGCGUUACGACUCCAACUCCGGUGGGGAGCGUGAGAUCCAACGGACUAUGUUGGAGCUGCUUAACCAGCUGGAUGGCUUUGAUUCUCGUGGAGAUGUCAAG